UUGCGUUGGAGUGGAUGAAGUGGACCACGGAAAUGGUCAAUAGGCCAUCCAAUGACUACGAUUUGCGACCGAAGGCUCCAGGCCUGUGGGUGUCCAAGACGAACUUCAUUAUGUGCGCCCCCUAAGUAGCUUUGUGAGUCUCAGUCUGCUUCUCUGGUAUAACGAGUUGAAUGCAAAUUCAUGGAACUCAUUUGCAGUCCUCACACUCUUCCUGUUACGUCUCUUGAGCCCGACUAUCGAAGAGGUCCUUGACGCGGACAACCAUUGUAACACCACGGUAGACCUGAGUCCAAUAUCCCCCUCAAUUCAGUGCCAUGUAUGAUGCUGGAACCUCUCAUGUUAGCUCCUACUCUUCGCUUUGCCCCAAUUCAGUCUUCCGUUUUCUUGCUCUUGCCCGGUGCUCUUUGGUUUACCUCCAGCUGGUUCUUGUGUCGUAUAUCUUCUCACCACGGGCCUCGCAGCUCACAUCACCAUUACACGUAUCCUUUUCAUGAUGCUCUCGUUCUCACCACCUUCGUAGUGGAACUCGCGAUUACAUGCAUGUUCAUCAGUGAACUGGUGAAGAAAGUAGAAGGUCAUAUAUCACAAUAUAUAGUACAUAAUCACAAGAACUAGCACAAUCCUGCUAUCGUGGAUUAAAUCGCUAUGUUUGGC